GGAGAGCUUUGCCUGAAGAUGGAAACACUGGAGUCGGAGCUGACCUGCCCUAUUUGUCUGGAGCUCUUUGAGGACCCUCUCCUGCUGCCCUGCGCACACAGCCUCUGCUUCAACUGUGCCCACCGCAUCCUGGUGUCGCACUGUGCCACCAACGAGUCCGUGGAGUCCAUCACCGCCUUCCAGUGCCCCACCUGCCGACAUGUCAUCACGCUCAGCCAGCGCGGUCUAGACGGACUCAAGCGCAACGUCACCCUGCAGAACAUCAUCGACAGGUUCCAGAAAGCGUCCGUGAGCGGGCCCAAUUCCCCCAGCGAGACCCGCCGGGAGCGGGCGUUCGACGCCAACACCAUGACCUCCGCCGAGAAAGUCCUCUGCCAGUUCUGUGACCAGGAUCCUGCCCAGGACGCUGUGAAGACCUGUGCCACUUGCGAAGUGUCCUACUGCGAUGAGUGCCUGAAAGCCACUCACCCAAACAAGAAGCCCUUUACAGGGCAUCGUCUGAUUGAGCCAAUUCCGGACUCGCACAUCCGGGGGCUGAUGUGCCUGGAGCACGAGGAUGAGAAGGUGAAUAUGUACUGUGUGACCGAUGACCAGUUAAUCUGUGCCUUGUGUAAACUGGUUGGGCGGCACCGAGAUCAUCAGGUGGCAGCUUUGAGUGAACGCUAUGACAAGUUGAAGGUUAGUCCGAUCCGCCUUAAGCCAACCCCUUUCUGCCAGCAAAUGUCAUGGAAAUAA